AUGACAAGCACAUUUUCUGCUUGUGUGCUGGCUUUACUGCACUUCUGUCGUUCCUCUGACUCCUAUGAACCACCGACAUUGCCUGACGUUGGAGAUCCAAAGUUUAUUGAGGAAUGUGUGCAAAUCCAUAACAGAUUCCGGUCUGGAGUGAAUCCACCAGCCAGCAACAUGCUCUACAUGAGUUGGGAUCCAGAUUUGGCAAAGACCGCCAAAGCUUGGGCAAAGAAAUGCCUGUUUAAACAUAAUACGUACCUCAAAGAUCCAGGGCAGGCUCACCCCAAAUUUACCCCCGUUGGAGAAAACCUCUGGACUGGCUCGCUUUCGAUUUUUACUGUGCAACGAGCCAUCACCUCUUGGUACAACGAGGUCAGUGCCUACAAUUAUGCCACCAAUAACUGCAGAGAAGAAUGCGGCCACUAUACACAGAUUGUUUGGGCUACAAGCUACAAGGUUGGCUGUGCUGUCCAUUUCUGUCCCAGUGUGGCGUACUCCUCCAUAACCAACGCAGCACACUUCAUCUGCAACUAUGGGCCGGCUGGGAAUUACCCAAGGCAGCCGUACAAGACGGGAGCAGCGUGCAGAGACUGCAACGGCGAGUGGUGUGCCAGCCAGCUGUGUCAAAAUGCAGAGCGUGACAAAGUCAUUAGUUAUUCCACGUGGCGUCCAGACUGGGACAGACCUGCAUGUGACGAGUACUGCAUCACUGUUAUUGCUUUAAGGCCAUUACUCCUUAUACUGAUAAUUCUGGCCACCUGGCUCCUACCAAAAUCCUGGUCUAUAGCACCCACCAGCGAGUGA